CUUGCACUCUCAUAUCGUGAAUCAUAAACCCUAACCCCUGAGUUUCCCUUCUCACCUUCUCCUUCUCCACCACUCGGACAUGGCUUCACGGAGACUAUUAUCGUCUCUACUCCGAUCACCCCUCACCCGAUCUCCGCCGCAUUUUCAAUCUCCGAUCUCUUCCCGGCCAUUCUCCUCCCCGAAACUCGCUUCUCCUCCUUCUCCGGCCGCCGGAAUUUCUAAAAUGGAUCCAUUUCGCUGCGUUGCUACGAUCGCGCCUUCUUUCUGUAGCAGGUUUAUGUCGACGAAGAUAAACUCUGUUGAUUCUUCUCAAGGGAGUUCUGCUCGGGAGCCUGAAGUGCCUGAACGCAUCAAAUUUAAGAGAUUAGAUAAAACUGGCAGGCAUAUCAUGCAGAUUUUAGACAAGGAAGCAGUAGAGGAGGUGAAAGCGCAGAGACAGAUGCCUGAUAUAAAGCCCGGUUAUACAGUGCAACUCAAAGUGGAAGUGCCUGAAAACAAGAGGCGUGUUUCUAUUAUAAAAGGCAUUGUUAUUGCUAGGCGUAAUGCUGGCCUCAAUUCAACAUUCAGAAUUAGAAGGAUGGUGGCUGGGGUUGGCAUCGAGAAUCUAUUUCCACUGUAUUCACCAAACAUAAAGGAGAUAAAGGUGAUUGACAAGAAGAAAGUGAGAAGGGCCAAACUCUACUACCUGAGGGAUAGAUUGAACUUUAAAAAAUAACACUGAUCUUCAUUCUAGCGGAAAUUAUUUAUGAUUCAUAAUUUUGUUAUAUGUGGUAUCUGCGUCUAUUCACUGAUCAUAUACUUGCUGCUUUACUGUGCUCAACUAUCUUUGCUCAGUGUACCUUACUAUGUUGUUUAAUUUCAAUCCUUAGAGCCUGUCAUGUUUUUGAAAGGUUAACAUGUAAGAGAUGCAUUCAUGUUAAGAAUUUCUCAAAGCCAUGUUAUAAUUUGUUUCCCUGAUGUAUUGAAUCUGAAAAAUAGGCUUGCAUUUUA